AAUAGGAGCGGGCAGGGGAGGAGUGAGCUGCCACUUUGGUAGCGAACUAGCAGCCCUCCGUCUCCCAGCAGGGAAAAAGCGCUGAGGGAGUUUUGCCUGGGCUAACUUUUAUCUGCAGGACAUAGCCUACGUGUAAAGUACUCAAAGCUUGGAGAGGCUGCUGCUGCCAUACCAGAGCUGUGCAGUGGGAGGAGAGCAGGAGCCCGAGCAGAGAGGGUCAGUGCCCAAUACAGCACAAGCCAUGGGUGAGGAGGGCCCACCCAGUCUGGAGUACAUUCAGGCCAAGGACCUGUUCCCCCAGAAGGACCUGGUGAAGGAGGAGGAGAGCCUCCAGGUUCCUUUCCCAGUCCUUCAGGGGGAGGCAGUAGAGUAUCUCGGCCGCGCUGAUGACGCCAUCAUAGCUAUCUCCAACUACAGGCUGCACAUCAAGUUCAAAGACUCCAUUAUCAAUACAUACCCAGGUGUGGACAAUGAGAUUUCUGUGCCUCUGCGGCUGAUUGAGAACGUGGAGAGCAGAGAUAUGUUCCAGCUGCACAUCAUCUGCAAGGACUCCAAAGUUGUCAGGUGCCACUUCUCUACGUUUAAGCAGUGCCAGGAAUGGCUGAAGCGGCUGAACCGUGCCAUAGCUCACCCGUCACGGAUGGAGGACCUGUUCGCCCUGGCCUACCACGCCUGGUGCCUCGGGGGCAGCGCCGAUGACGAGGACCAGCACCUGCACCUGUGUCGCCCAGGAGACCAUGUUCUUCAGAGACUGGACGUGGAGGUGAAGAGAAUGGGCUACGACAUGCAGAAUGCCUGGCGAAUAUCUGACCUCAACAGCAACUACAAGCUGUGCUCCAGCUAUCCUCAGAAGCUGCUGGUUCCCGUGUGGAUCACAGAUAAGGAGCUGGAGAGUGUGGCUUCCUUCCGCUCCUGGAAGAGGAUCCCUGUUGUGGUGUACAGACACCAGAGGAAUGGGGCAGUGAUCGCCCGCUGCAGCCAGCCCGAGAUCAGCUGGUGGGGUUGGAGGAACACGGACGACGAGUACCUGGUCACCUCCAUCGCCAAGGCCUGCAUGCUGGACCGCGGCAACCGGGGACUUGGGGCCCUCAGCAGCAGCAGCAGCAGCAGCAGCAAAGCCAGGGGAGACGGCCCCGACAGCUCUGAUGGUGACUUCGAUUCCUCGUUGACUGUUUGCCCAGGCCCCGAUGCCAACGUUGCACCACAGAAGCUGCUGAUCCUCGAUGCCCGCUCCUACACAGCCGCGGUGGCCAACCGUGCCAAGGGGGGCGGCUGCGAGUGUGAAGAGUACUACCCUAACUGUGAGGUUAUGUUCAUGGGCAUGGCAAACAUCCACUCCAUCAGGAACAGCUUCCAGGCUCUGCGGACGGUGUGCAGUCAGAUCCCGGAUCCUGGCAACUGGCUCUCGGCCCUGGAGAGCACCCGUUGGCUGCAGCACCUGUCCGUCAUGCUGAAGGCAGCCACUCUGGUGUGCUCUGCGGUGGAGAGGGAUGGCCGGCCAGUGCUGGUGCACUGCUCGGACGGCUGGGACCGCACGCCGCAGAUCGCCGCCCUCGCCAAGAUCCUCCUGGACCCCUUCUACAGGACCAUGGAGGGUUUCCAGGUGCUGGUGGAGACGGAGUGGCUGGACUUCGGCCACAAGUUUGGCGACCGCUGCGGGCACCAGGAGAACGCCGACGACGUGAGCGAGCAGUGCCCCGUCUUCCUGCAGUGGCUGGACUGCGUGCACCAGCUGCUCAAGCAGUUCCCGUGCCUGUUUGAGUUCAACGAGGCCUUCCUGGUGAAACUGGUGCAGCACACAUACUCGUGUCUGUACGGCACGUUCCUGUGCAACAACGCUCGCGAGAGGGAGGCCCGCAACAUCUACAAGCGCACCUGCUCCGUCUGGUCCCUGCUCCGCACCGGCAACAAGAACUUCCAGAACUUUCUCUACAUACCCAGUCAUGACAUGGUGCUGCAGCCGGUGUGUCACACGCGUGCCCUGCAGCUGUGGACGGCCGUCUACCUCCCCACCUCGUCGCCCUGCACCGCUGCCGAGGACGCCAUGGAGAUCUACCUGUCCCCCUGUGGCCAGGGCGAGGAGCUCACCUCGCGCUCCCUCGACAGGCUUCCAAAGACACGCUCCAUGGACAACCUCGUGUCUGCCUGUGAAAACGGGGUGGCACUCACACGCACGUCCAGUGACCCCAACCUCAACAAACACUGCCAGGAGGGCCGCGUGGCCCUGGACGCUGUGGGCAGCCCGGCGGGCUCCCCCACUGACAUUAGCCUGGAGGAGCACACGCCCGACACAGGCCUUGGCAGCGAGGACCCCGACGUGGAGACAUGCGAGGAGACGCCUCCCCAGACGCCUCCGCCGGCCACAGCGCCGGCCAGCGAGGAGGCUCCUCUGGGGGCGUCGAAGGAGGGGGAGGAGCUGUGCUUGACCACGCAACCUCUGCCCUGCCUCCCCCAUCCGCUCUCCCUGGGGCAGGACUGCCCGGUGCCCACGGCGGUCAUCCACCAGGCCCCUGCGCCCCGCUGUGCCAGCCCCCCUCUCCCACCGCCCCUGCCCCUGCCCCUGCAGGAGGUGCUGCCCUGGACCGCUAACGGUGGCGACGCUCCCUUCUCCCCAGCUGCUGCUGUUGCAGACGCCAGCGCUCCUCACCCCCCCGACCUCAACGGCGUCUCCCACGCAGACAACGAGGAGGAGGAGCUUGACGAGCCUCUGGAGGGGUGCACUGCCGAAGCCAAGGAGCUUCUGGCCAUCAAACGCCCGCUGCGGCCCACCUUAAUGGAGGACUCGACCGAGACCCUGACCGAGCAGAGCGCCAUCCCGCCCCAGCAGCCUCCGCUCCGGAGGGCCAGCUCAGGCGAGGCCCAGGCUCAGCCCCGGCCACUGACCCCGAGUAGCUCUAAAGAGGAGGGCAGAAGGACUGAGGGCCCGUGUAAGGGGGAGCUGGUGGCCGUGCGUGGCGAGCGCGGCGUGCCCGAGUGUGCCCGUGCGGCCCGGCGGCUGGUCUCCCAGAGCCAGCUGAGCGACUUCACGCUGCUGGGCUCGCCGUGGGGCAGCGUGCAGGGCCUGGUGCAGUCCGCCUGCGGAGGGGCACUGCAGCAGGGCGGCUACCAGAGCCGCCGACUGGCCAGCAAGCUGCUGCGCGCCCAGGGAGCCAGCGGAAAUGGCAGCGGCGCCGCCAACGGCCACUGCUGCCGCCGAGACAGAGACCUGUCGGGUCGCUCGUCCACGGCGGCGAACGGUAGCGGUCCCGGCGCCGGGUCCUCCAGCUGGCUGUCGACGGUGAAGAGCUCGGGCUACGCCGCGCUGUGCGCCUCCACCGCUUCGUCGGGGCCGUACAUGCGGCAGCUGCUGGCCGCAGCGCAGUCCUCCUCGCCGACGGCCAGCGCGUCCCCGCCUCCAUCGUCAUCGGCGGCGCUGCAGGCCCAGGCGCCGGCCUACAUGGACGACGACGGCCUGCCGGUGGCUCUGGACGCGGUGCAGCAGCGGCUGCGUCAGAUCGAGGCCACAUACAAGCAGGAGGUGGAGGUGCUGCGUCGGCAGGUCAGACAGCUGCAGAUGAGACUGGAGAGCAAGCAGUACUGCACACCGCCCUCCGAGCCCGACAUGGACUACGAGGACGACAUUACGUGCCUGAGGGAGUCAGACGACAGCGCUGAGGAGGACUCCCUGUCUGACCACAGCGAGGACCGCUUCAGCGAGGGCAGCUGGGAUCGCAUCGAGCGGAAGGACACAGAGGUCAGCGCCCCUCAUAGCCUUCUGCAGGUUACACGAUGGGUUCCCGAUCACAUGGCCUCACAUUGCUUUAACUGUGACUCUGAGUUCUGGAUUGCCAAGAGACGCCAUCACUGCAGGAACUGCGGCAACGUGUUCUGCAAAGACUGCUGCCACCUGAAGUUGCCCAUUCCAGACCAGCAGCUGUACGACCCGGUCCUGGUGUGCAACACCUGCCACGACCUGCUGCUGGAGUCGCGCACGCGCGAGAUCCGCAGCCAGCAGCUCAAGAAGCCCAUCGCCACCGCCUCCAGCUGAGGGCCUCUCUGAACCUCGCGACCUGCCCUGCCUGUGUCCACUCCCCCCCACCCCCAACCCCUCUACUCGGGCCUGGUGCAGUUUGGCCUGGCACUGCUCACCGUUGGUUGAGCCCCCAGAUGUGCAUUCGACCACUUUGGCUGGGGAGCCCUAGUUGCCCCCCCCCCCCCCCCCCAAUCCAACCAACCAACCCACCCACACCCACACCUACUGAUUACACACGCCCCCCACACCCGCCAUGAAACUGUCCUUGCGGGUGAUGACAAUGAGGAGGUGGAGGAAGAGAACUGGGAGGUAGUUGGGAGUGUGUCACUUGAGAAGUUGGUCUGUGUUGGAUGAUGGACCGACCGCUCUGAGAUGGACAAUGACUGAAAAGGCUGGACAGAAAAGGACAAAGAGAGUUUGAAAUGGGUGGAUAGGUGGGGAGGGGCUAUUUUGUGAAAUGGCGGUUGUCCUUGUGAAGCCCCUACUUUGGUAGACAGCACCUUCAGGCCGAGGAGGUUGCAGCGUCCUGCUGGCCCCUGGCUCUGGCCCUCUGUGUAGGGAGGUAGGGCUUUCUCCUUACAGUGCCCUCUGCUGGACUGGUGGAGAAGCCUUCAGCUUGAACUGGAGUUCCCCUUGUUCCAACAUCCUUUUAACCUGGACAUCAGUGACACCUUGACCUGCCCCACUGCUUACACACACACACACACACACACACACACACACACACACACACACACACACACACACACCAUAAAUAAACACAACCACACACCUCAGAGGACAAUCUCUCACAUCCCCUGAAGUUUGAAACUUUGAAGCCUUUCGUUCAUCAUACUGGAGGCGUAACUAUUUAAGGAAAUAAAAAAGAAAAUGCUGCUAAAGUAUUGAAAAAAAUCAAUUUUUUUUUUAUUCUUAUUAUUUUGUGCACUACACAUUUGUUGUAUAUUUUGAGGGAAUUUGAGACCAAACCCAAGCAAAGGGAUACAUCUGCUGUUUACUUGCUGUUGUAUGUGGUUGUGGGCUCUGCAAUGCUUGAAUGUAAUGUUUGUGAUUGGGGAGUGUGAUGUUUGUGACUGGGGAGUGUGGACUAUUGGGGGGGGGGUACUGAAAGGCUCAAUCAUUCAUAUUCACGUGCAUUCAGUGAGCUGUGUGUUUGUCUGUUUCUGCAGUUUGCCUUUAUUAUUGGGUGAAGAAAAAAGGAUCAUGCACAGUUAUUUUUUUUUUUUUAUUAUUAAGCUAAAUUUAAAAGCAGAUUGUGUAAAGGUUCUUUUUCCCAGAAUCCAGAAUAUAAUGCUCAUAUUCAGCAGGACCCAUGUUGGUCCAAUUUGGACAACUUGAGGGAGCCAGAUGAUAUUGGGGGAGCCAGAUGAUGACGGGAAUCUGUCAAAAUAUAACUUUUUUUUUUUCACUUCCAAAUUUUUGCUAACGUUAAAUUCAGCAUCUGGGUUUUUGUAAUACAUUCAGAAGGUAAAGGUUAAGCCCACAUACUUUUGCACGAGGGGAUGUUUGUGAGAGAUUUCUGUACGUCCUUGUUUUGCUUUGUCUGCUGUCUCUGAAUGUGAUAUGUCAUGACACGGUGUCAUCAUGCAUUCAAUAUCACGAUGAGUUUCAGUUACUUCCUUUUCUAAAAAUUGGCUGUGGUUCCCAAACAUUGGUGUAUGUGUUGUUGAAUGGUGUUCCUUGAAAAAAAAUUAAAACUAUAUAUAGUGCCAUCUUUUAUUUUGUUUUGUUUUUUAAGCCUUUUUCUCAUGGAUUACACUUGGUUACUAACUGGUAACUGCUUGAUAUGUUAAUGGUACAAAAAUAGCUAGCUGCUUUAACAAUGAGAAAAUAACUUUGUAAGUUCAACAGGGUUGUCUGUUGGAUCUUGAAGUCAUGAUAUUCACUGAAAGAUGACAGUAGGAUACUGAAUCCUUAUGAUUCAAACGUUACCUAUUGUUUUCUGUCUUUCUUUGUUCUGGUGUUAAUGAAGGAAUGAUAUGAAAGAAAAAAAGACCCCAGAAAUGUAACAUAGCUCUCUGAUCUAGUGACUAAAAGGUGUCACUUAGUCAAUAAUUGUUUUCAGGAAAUGCACUGUACAAGUUAAAUCCUAUGGGGUAAAUAAAGUAUAUAUCUGUAUCAUC